GGCGUCUCAGAUGGGCGUGUCGCGGUUUACGGUACAGAGCUCGGACGUACUUCAGAAUUUCCGCGUGAACGUCUGCCCUGAACACUCCGAGAAGGUCAUCUGGUACAAGGAGCGUUAUCUGACAGACGACGAAAUCGUUGAAAAUCUCGUUUUCAACCAUACCAACACUAUCUGCUGGACAGUACACCGCCCCAAGCGCGGCUGGUAUAUCCGUAUCCGAGCCCCGUCCUUCCCGCCCGACGUCUUCAUCCCCCUCACGCCCGUCCCCGCGCUCAGCCCCUACCACGCCGACGGCGCGCUCUCCUUCAAGUCGCGCACCAACAUCCCGCCGGACGCGGUCCCGCCGCUCGCGCCGCCCAUCGCCGCGGGGGAUCUGAGCUUGACGAACGCGGACCUGGGCACGGGUAGCUUCAGCCGGGUCGACUUGCUGGGCGCGAUGAGCGGGGAGGGGCCCGUGGGGGCGGGGUUGGGAGCCGGCCGCCCCAACCCCACCCUCCUUGGCCCGCACGGCUCCACCCUCCUCGGCCCGCACGGCUACCCACCCAAGACCAACCCGCGCCUUUCCCAACCGCGCCCGGAAAGCCAAACGACCGAGUUCAUCCUCGCGCCGCACGCGGCGACGGAGCCGAAGCCGACGGGGCUGCUCGCGCGCGCGGCGGCGGCGCUGAAGGCGGCGCGGCCGGCGCAUAAUAACUCGUUCACGCUGGCGAGGAUCCCCACCCCGACCGCGCCCCCGCCCUACCAGCCGCACGACCCCACCGUCGAGGCGGUCGCCUUCCCGCCCUCGGCCGCGUCCGCGCCGCCCCCGCCGGCGCCGCCCGUGCUGAGGUUCCACGAUACGACGCCGGUGCUGAUGGUCCGCCGCGUCACCGGUGUCAUCGAGAUCGACCGCGAGGAGGAGCGCUUCCUGGGGAUCGAGGCCAGCUUUUGGAUCGCGGUCGCGCUCACGUAUCUCGAUUUCCUGGAGGAUAGGGAGAGCUACAUUGCGGCGGCGAACGACUAGUGGUGCAUUUAUGGAACGAGUGGCUGCUGCCUCACCCUCUAGCAUGCCAUUGGAAGGACAUUCUUGGUGUACGCGAUUCAAUUGUACCUUCAUCCGCGGCUGGUCUGUCAGAAUGAAGAAUGAAAGAGUUUCGCUAACUGAGACGGAGA